CUAACCUUCCUUGAUGUAUCUAUUCAGAUGACAGAUCGCUAUAAGCAACUUUGAUUUAAAUAAUACGAGGCUUCCAUAGAAUAGAAAUAAUAAAUAAUGAAUGUUCAAAUAAGACAUCCGUAUGAAGGUUUAUUACAUAAAUAUACUAAUGCCAUGAAAGGAUGGCAAUAUCGUUGGUUUAUACUUAGACCAGAGACUGGUGAAUUACAUUAUUUUCUUAGUGAAUCUGAAAAAAAUCAACGACCACGAUGUUCAAUAUAUUUAGCUGGUGCAGUGAUUGCACCAAGUGAUGAAGAUUCUAAUACUUUCACUGUCAAUUCUGCUACAGGUGAUAUGAUAAAAUUAAGAGCAACAGAUGCACGAGCUCGUCAAGAAUGGGUUGACAAACUGCGAGCUGUUACAGAAAUGUAUACUAGAGCAAUAGCUAGUAGCCAUCCUCCUUUACCUCCAAGAGAACAUUCUACCAAUUCCAAUAGAAAUCCAGUUGCUAAACUGGAAGUUUUAGAUGCAUUUGCCAAUUGUCAAGAACAAUUACGCAGAGUAGAAAAACAUAAUCUUGCAUUAGCACAAACCAUUGAGAACUCAAAUUUAAACUUAGAUCCUGAUUUAUUAGUUCUUAAAGCAACUGCACAUACUACUUUACACACAUUAAAUCAAUGUCUCAAUAUCUUAUACCAAUAAUUUAUUAGAAGUUUUAAUAUCAUUGAUUAAAGACAGAUAAAAAUUUCUUUAUCUUUCAUUAUCAAAAUAUAUUUAAUGCAUUUUAAUUAAUUUGUAUAGGAUAUAUUUUAAAUUUAUUACUGACAAUCCAGCUAUAUGAUCUUCCAAUCAGUGCUAAAGAACAAUUUGCCUUCUUAUUAAAUAUUAAUUAAAUAAAAAUAAAAAAAAUUAUUAUGUUUAUAAGACUUUUAAAUAUAAGGCCUUUUUAUGUUAAAGAUUGUUUCAA